UUAGUAUAAGGAUCUACAUUAGCAUCUCGUGUUGCAAACAUGGAGGAGUCUAAUGAAAAGCUUUUCUGCAGCAGGUGGGCGCGCCGCAGGGUUCCUGCAGCCCACUGGGAGGAACUGGUCCACAUCCUGAGGAUGACUGGGCCUCUGCUGCUCUCUCGAAUCCUCAAUUACCUGCUUCCAUUUGUGGUUACAAUGUUCUGCGGGCGUCUGGGGAACGAUGUGAUGGCUGGUUAUGGAUUAGCUUCUGCUAGCAUUAAUGUUACCACUGCAGCUACAGGAUACGGUCUGAUACUGGCAUGUGAUACCUUGGUGUCUCAGACAUUUGGUGGUAAGAACCUGCUGCGGGUGGGAGUGAUCCUUCAGCGGGGCAUCAUCAUCCUGCUGCUCUUCUGUCUGCCCUGCUGGGGUCUCCUCAUUAACGCCCAGGUCAUCCUGUUAUGUGUGGGCCAGGACCCCGAGGUGGCCAGAACAGCACAGUUGUACAUCACAGCCUACAUUCCUGCCGUACCAGCCAUGUUUCUACAUCAUCUUCAGGUGUCUUACCUGCAGAACCAGGGUAUAAUUCUGCCACAAAUGUAUGCUGCUGCUUUGGCAAAUAUUGCAAACGUGUUGACAAACUACACUUUUCUUUACUGGCUGGAUCUGGGUGUGCGUGGAUCUGCAGCAGCCAACGCUCUGUCUCAGAUUUACAUCUCUACGUUUCUGUUUGCCUUCAUUUGGUGGAAGAAGCUGCAUGUGACGACAUGGGGAGGCUGGUCUGUAGAGUCGCUGCAGGAGUGGGGCUCCUUCAUGAAACUGGCCAUUCCCAGCACAUUAAUGAAGUGCUUUGAGUGGUGGGUUUAUGAGUUGGGCGGAUUCUUUGCAGGAAUGCUGAGUGAGGAUGAGCUGGCAGCCCAACAUGCUGUGAUAAUGGUGGCUUUCAUAACCUACAUGUUCCCCCUUGGUAUCCAAGCUGCAGCAUGUGCCCGGGUGGGUAACGCUCUGGGUGCAGGAGACACUGCCAGGGCCAUCCUCACCACCAAGGUGGCCCUCACUCUUGCAGGUAGCAUUGCGGUUGUUGAAGGUAUUGUGCUCGGCUCUACUAAAACAGUGAUUGGCUUCAUCUUCACCUCUGAUGAGAAGAUCAUAGGUUUGGUGUCACACUUGAUGAAUGCUUACUGUUUCCUUCAGUUCUUUGAUGCUCUUGUGGGUGUGUGCACAGGCAUCUUCUUGGGCACGGGCAAACAGAAGAUACCAGCUGUUGCUAAUUUCAUUGGCUACUACUGCAUAGGACUUUCACUGAGCAUCACUUUAAUGUUUGUUGCAAAACUAAGAGUUUUCGGUUUCUGGCUUGGGCUGCUCAUUUGUGUCAUUUUACAAUCCACCUUAUACAUUGUUGUCAUUUUCAACCUGAACUGGGAGAGAAUGACAGAGGAGGCUGUGAAACGAGCUCAGAAAAACACUCAUGUAGCAUUAUUAAGCACUGCAGCUCUGUCAGAUGAUGCGGGUAACAUCACUGCUGACCAGACAGGAAGUAAUGGGAGUUCUGUGGAUGGCUACAUGUCUGUGAGUGUCUGCGAUGGGUCUGCUGAGCCUCAGGGUGGAGUCCAGCAGCUGAAGGGUGGUCGUCUCUCCACCACCCAGCUGAUCCUCCGCCGAGGCCUCACCAUGUUUAUGGCAGUUUCACUUCUCGCCGUGGGAGCCACUGUUCGCUUCCUUGUGCCCCUACCGGAGACCCCGUCUGUAAACUUUACUGCAGACUGGAUGAACAGUACGAAAACCCCUGAUCACAUUUUCUCCACUGUGCUGCUCCCAACAGAAGAGUCAGAGUGAGUCAAAGAUAACCAC